AUAUUCACCUUCAUUUAAAAGAGCAAACUUCAGAACAAACGAAGAAAAGUUACUAAGAAGAAGAAAAUUUGGAAGGAAAAGCAAAGGAAAGGAGAUGGUGCUUCCUGAUGAAGAAAUUUCGAGGCUCUACCGAAUCAGGAAGACGGUGAUGCAGAUGCUGAGGGACAGAGGCUAUCUUGUGGAAGACUUCGAAAUCAACAUGUCCAAGCACGAGUUCAAAUCCAAGUACGGCAAGCACAUGAAGCGCGAGGACCUCGUCAUCAACAAGAAGGACAACGCCGGCGAUCAGAUCUACGUCUUUUUCCUGAAGGAGAGGGGGGGGAGCAACGUCAGCGUCGCAACCUUGAUGACUUGCAUUAGACGCAUGAGGUCCGAAAAAGUCUUCAAAGCCAUUCUCGUCCUUCAGAAUAACCUCUCCUCCUUCGCCGCAAAGGCCAUAAGCCAAUUCUCUGACAAAAUUCACUUUGACGUUUUUCAGGAGGCAGAGCUGCUGGUUGUCCCUGUUUUCACCGAUGCUGAGAAGAAAACCUUGACUGAGAAACUCAGCUACCUAGAAGUGACAGAUCCUAUAGCAAGAUAUUAUGGAUUGAAACGUGAUUGAAGAUUAUUCGGCCGAGUGAAACUGCUGGAAGAUAUUUGAUGAGAAGCAUGGUGUUUCAGUUUUGAUUUGUUUUUGUCUUGAUUCUGCAAUUUUGUGAACAAAUGUAGUUGAAAUUGUGCUUUUAAGUUUGUUGCUUUAAUUACUGAUCAAUUUUUAGUCAAAUCCUCUUCUCACAAUAAUUGAAAGUACUUUUAUAGCUUUUAAAAGAUAAUUUGCACCCAAAUUUAUGUUACUGCAAGGACAGUUAGGAAGAUUUUUUGUUGUUUUUGUUUUUUCGUUUUAGCAGUGAUUUUGUAGCUGGUUGUGUUAUGCAGAAUCAAGAUGUCCAAAUUGUGUCCGUAUGUAACUGCUUGUGCACGUAUUUCAGUUUUCUUUCUCAAUAGUAUAUGCAUUCAGCAUUGUGAAACCUU